AUGCAGCGACGAAUGCUUUCAAAAGAGGACGAGGCGGCAGUGGGAAAGGACGAGCUUGAGGUUAGGCGAGAAGACCAAGACAAGAUCAACAAAUUCAGCAGAUUACACCAACGUGAAACGGCUUUGGAGGAUGAGCUCAAGGUCAAAGCUAAGGACAAGGAGGAUCUUGAGGAAUUGUCGAACGAGUUGGAGCUAGCGGAUGAAGACGACAAAAUCCCGUACAAGAUUGGCGAUACCUUUGUGUCAUUGCCGCUGCCAGAGGUGCAGGAGAUGCUUGCCUCGUCCACGGAACAGAUUGAGGAGUCUGUGUCAGCAGUCGAGGGGAAAUUGAGCACUAUCCGAGAAGAGAUGGAGCAAUUGAAGGUUCAACUGUAUGCUAGAUUUGGGAAGAGCAUCAAUUUAGAGACUUGA